AUGGCUUUCGUCAAGAAACCAAAACUCAUCGAAUACCACACUAUACCUCCUCAUCUGCAGUUCAACGACUUUGUGCACACGGGCUACCGGCCGGUGUCGACAUUUAAAGGCUGUGUGGAUAGCCUCUUCUACCUCCACAAUGAGUUUGGGAACAUCUAUACGCACGCCAUCCCGUUCGUGUGCUUCGCGCUGCUGCUGCCCCUCAACAUCCCGUGGUGGCAGGCGGGGGCCGGCUGGAUCUGCGUGCUGCACUACCUGGCCUGCCUCUCCCCCACCGUGGGCUCCGUGCUCUACCACACCUUCAUGAACCACGAGGGCGGAGAGUUCAUAUACGACACCCUGCUGUCGCUCGAUAUGUUUGGGGUCUGCCUCGUCAACACACUGGGUGCUCUGCCCAUCGUUCACAUCACUCUUCUCUGCUACCCGGAUGCCAGGAACGCAGCCUUGUUAGCCUACAUUUCCCUAUCUGUCUACGGCGUGUACUGUGCUGUCACGGCGCGCACCAAUGUCCGCCGACUACAGUCUUUUUUCUGGCAGGCCGUGUUCCGCCUCGUCCUCUACAUGUUGCGAUGGUACGGCCCCGGCACGGGCAACCCCGCCUCCAUGCCCUUUUACGCCAUCAUGGACUCGCUGGCGGUGCUGGGCGGUCUGGUCAACGUGGCACGCAUGCCCGAAAGGAUGAGCCCCGGGAGCUUCGACUACUGGCUCAACAGCCAUCAGAUCAUGCACGUCCUGGUGGCGCUGUCCAUCGUCUACCUACACUGGGGCAUGAUGGAGGACCUGGUGUGGCUAGAAACGUUCGAGUGCCCGCCCGAAUGA